CGUUUCUUCCCUCAACUCAAGUUUCCACUUUAACUGUUUUCGAUCCAGUAGAUUGAAACAGUCCAAAUAUGAGAUGAAUUCAUGUUGCUCAUUUUCCAGGCUUCUAUCCUGGAGCAUACAUGAGGAGGAAGUGGAGCACAUGGUCACCCGAGAUCAAGAGACCCAGCAAAGCUCUCGAUACUCGAUCAUGUUUGUUGCCUCCUGACGAUGGAAUUUCGACGUGUUCUACUACUUGCAGUCUCUAUCUUCUCUCUGAUCAUCCAUUUUGCAGGUUCAGCAACCUUUGAAAAAAUUUCUUUCGCUUUCCCACCUUUUAACUCGAGCGUCAUAUCCAGUAAGGGAGAAGCGGCCGUAACAGGAGCCGGUAACGUUAUACAACUUACUCUCGACGACCCAUCGGGGGCCUUCACUAGCAUCAGUGGUUGGGCUACAUAUAGUCAACCCAUGCACCUUUGGGAUAAUAACACAGGAAACGUGGCAGACUUCAGUGCUCGGUUUAAUUUCACCAUCAAAUCCCAGAAUGGUGCAGCCUUCCCAAAUCAUGCUGAUGGAAUGACUUUCUUUCUUACUCCGAAUGGAUCUCAGAUACCCGAAAAUUCCUCCGGAGGUUAUCUUGCGAUUGUAAGUGAGCUGAGUCCUUUCAAUUCUAGCACUCCGGUCGUUGCUGUAGAAUUUGAUACUUUCUAUUGGAAUUCAUGGGAUCCACCCUGCAUUCAUGUGGGCAUCGAUAUAAAUAGCAUAGCUUCUGCCAAAAAUGUUUGUGCCGACUGGAUGGAGUACCACAUACAAUAUGGUCGACAACUUCAUGCCGAGGUCACUUACAAUUCUAGCACACAGAAUUUAAGUGUCACACUGGCAGGUGACUACCUCAAUUAUACCAGUCUUUACCAACCGAUUAACUUGAAGAACUAUUUGCCAGAAUGGGUGACUUUCGGUUUCUCGGCUACAACUGGAUACCAAUUCGAGGCGCAUACCGUUAAUACAUGGGAGUUUAGCUCUGGUCUCUUAGUCUCUGAUCCCGUCGUCUCACCCCCGAGCAUCUCUGAUCCCGUCGUCCCACCCCAGAGCAAGCCAUGGCUGAUGCGGGCAUUCUUAGGUUUGGGCGCUUUUGUGUUGCUUAUUCUUGUCCCAAGCGUUGCUUUGUAUCGUUACUGGUCAAAGAAAGAUAGAAUCGACAGGAGUGGAGAAGAAUAUGAUGUUCCGUCGAUGGAUGAAGAGUUCGACCAAGUUUCGGGACCCAAGAAAUAUUCAUACAGGGAGUUGGUGGACGCAACUAGCAAUUUUGCAGAUUCACGAAUGCUCGGUGAAGGUGUAUUUGGAAGAGUGUACGAGGGCUACCUAUCGGAUGCAAAUUCUCGAGUCGCUAUCAAGAAGAUCAGAGCGGAGUCUAAACAAGGGAUUAAGGAGUACGCGACAGAAGUGAAGAUCAUCAGCCAACUCAGGCACAAAAACUUGGUCCAACUCGUCGGCUGGUGUCACGAGAAAAAGGAGCUCCUCCUUGUCUACGAAUUGAUGUCUAAUGGUAGCCUAGACUCCCAUUUGUUCGACAGCGAAGCUUUCCUAACAUGGGAGAGGAGGUACAAAAUCGCUCAGGACAUAGCCUCCGCAUUGCUAUACCUCCACGAAGGGUGGAUGCAAUGCGUCAUCCAUAGGGAUAUAAAGCCGAGCAACAUCAUGCUCGAUUCGGAUUCCACCGCCAAACUGGGGGACUUUGGAUUGGCUAGGCUGGUUGACCGUGCCAAAGGGUCACAAACAACUAUACCGGCCGGAACCGUGGGCUAUAUGGCUCUCGAAUGUGUCUAUACAGGCAGAGCGAGCAAGGAAUCCGACAUGUACAGCUUUGGAGCUGUCCUGUUAGAAAUAGCAUGCGGAAGAAGACUCAUCGAGCCCAGAGAAGAAGGAAGCGAAACUCAGCUUGUGAUGCAGUGGGUGUGGGAGCUAUAUGGAACCGGAGAGCUCCUACAUGCGGCGGACCCGAAGCUAGGGGAGCAUUUCGACGAGAUGCAAAUGGAGCGCUUGAUGAUUGUAGGGCUUUGGUGCACUCAAGCGGACCCUCUAUGUCGGCCUUCCAUAAGAGAAGCGGUAAAUGUUCUGAACUUCGACUCUCCGCUGCCUAGUCUCCCGUCUCAACCGCUAGUUCCGAGAGUCCCAUCAGCUCCGUCGCACAUUUCAUCCUACGGGGCCACAACUAGCGGCGAAGCAUCCAAUUCUCUGAUCGAGCUAUCCACAUUGACUGCCUCUUCUUCUAAGCAAUCUUCGGUUUCGUCUUCUUCUGCAAUGCUCUCGAAUGCAGAAUGAUCACAAUGUCAGUAGCGCACCAUUUUCAUGGUCUGAACCGCACGAGAUGAAAUUG